AUGUGUUUUUAUUUCCAGUUUUAGGUCACUAAAUAAAAGCAAUUAUGACACAUUGGCCAGAGGAUGUUGGUAUUCUUGCAUGUGAGGUAUAUAUACCUUAUUUAUUUGUGGAACAAGAAAAGUUAGAAACCUUUGAUGGUGUUAAAGGAAAAUAUACUAUUGGUCUUGGACAAAAACGGAUGGGAUUUUGUGGGGAUCAGGAAGAUAUCAAUUCAUUGUGUUUGACUGUUGUGCAAAACUUAAUGGAUAAACAAAAUAUUGAUCCUAAAGAUGUGGGUCGCAUGGAAGUUGGUACUGAAACAAUCAUAGAUCAUUCUAAGUCUGUUAAGACAGUGCUGAUGCAGCUGUUUGAAGAAUCUGGAAAUACCAACAUCGAAGGUGUUGACACGACUAAUGCUUGUUACGGAGGUACAUCUGCACUUUUUAAUGCUGUCAACUGGAUUGAAAGCAGCUCUUGGGAUGGACGACUAGCAAUCGUUGUUAUUGCAGAUAUCGGUGUUUAUGCUGCAGGAAAUGCACGGUGCACGGGUGGUGGUGGAGCUAUUGCCCUUGUACUUGGUCCAAAUGCUCCAAUAGUAUUUGACAGAGGACUCAAAGCCACUCACAUGAUGCAUGCAUAUGAUUUUUAUAAACCCAAACUGGCAUCAGAAUAUCCUAUUGUUGAUAGUCAGCUUUCAGUUAAAAGCUAUCUAUCUGCUUUAGAUAAAUGCUAUCAAGCAUAUGGGAGUAAAUUUUCAAAGUUCAGUGGUCAGGAGAAUUUGUUUUCUUUAGAUUGUAUCGACUAUAUGGUAUUCCACACACCGUAUUGUAAACUUAUUGAAAAGUCGAUAGGAAGAUGCAUGUUAAACGAUUUCAUGAAUGCUGGUAAUAAUAAUACUUUGAUGCCUCAGUAUAGUUUAUUAGAAAAAUAUAGAGACUUUACUUUAGACAAAACAUUUGAUGACCCCUUAGUGUUUAAAGAAAUUGAGAGAACAUCUGUGCAAUGCAGUAAGUCCAUCUAUGAAGCAAAAACCAAGCCAUCUACAUUACUUGCAACAAAUAUUGGAAAUAUGUAUACAGCAUCUUUGUAUGGUAGUUUGGUUAGUUUACUUAUUAGCAUGAAUUCGAAUGAUUUAAUAAAGAAACGCGUUGUAUUGUUUUCUUACGGUUCAGGAUUGGCAUCUUCUAUGUUUUCUGUUACCCUCUGUCCUAACGAAAAGUUGCUUCCUAAGUUUCAUGCCCUAAUUGAUUCACUAAAAAAUAUCAGAGUGAUGUUGGAUUGUAGAAAAGAAGUUGAGCCCAAAAAGUUCGUUGAAAUUCUAGAAAUCCGUGAAAAGUAUCAUAAUGCUUGCAAUUAUGAGCCAAGUUGUUCAUCUGGUGAUUUGUUUCCAGGAUCAUUCUUUUUAAAGAGAGUAGACGAGAAGUAUCGGCGGUAUUACGGCAGAAAUGAAGUGCUUAUGAAUGGUAAAGAACAUUAAACAAUUUUUAAAAAUGAUUUUUUCUUUUCUCUUUUUGAGUUACAUAAACUUGCAAGAACAAGGAUCCACUGAAAAUACAAGUUAUUCAUAAUAGUAUAUUAUACAUUUUCAAUAUAUGUUUUUAUUUAUAAUCUAUUAUUUUUAUGAAUAUUUGAAGUCAUUGUAAACUAACAGGUUAUUAACAAGUCUUGUCAUGACAUAAUACUAAAAGUUAGUUAUUUAACAUGGUGUUACUUUCGUUUUGUGAUUAAAUUGAAUAGAGUGAAAGGAGGCAAAUUUCAUAUGAAUAUGGAGUCAUCCUGUAUAUUGCUUUUAUUGUGGAGAGUUGGAAGGUGGAAUUUCUAAUUAUAUAAAGAAUACACUGAUUUAUAUUUAUGUUUUGAAAUAAAUUUAUUAUAUUUUAUAAAAAAUAUAUUAUAUUAUAUUAGUAUUUCUUGACUUAUAUGUAUGUUUAGGCUGAACGUAAAAUAUUUGGGUUUGCCAUGGAUGCCCAACCAGGUCAAUAAAAUAGUGCAGGGCGAUAAACUUUUUAUCAAAAGUGAAAAGUAGUGUGUGUAAAAAAGAACUGAACAAUAGAUUAUAGGGUGAAAAAAUAAACAAGUAAGUGAAAUAAGGCUAUGUGCAUAUACAUGAUUGCAUACGCAGUUAUAAUUAACGUACACAUUUUAUCAUGCAGGCACUAUUUUCUUUAUUGAAAAGCUAUUUAUUAAAACGCCAUUCCCUCUAUUAGAGGGCAUGUACUUAAUUAAAUGAUAAAAAAUUCAGGUUGGCACUGAAUUCCUUACCAGGGUGAAGGCAAACUUAAAUAUUUUAAUAAAUAUUUUGUUAGUAUUAGAUGCAGUAAAAAACUUUUGCUAAAAAUCCUUUGACAAAUUGGUUUUAGAUUUUCAAUAAAGUGUUUUACUUAAAUGUAUAAUUCUUUCUAGUUUAAGAAUAACCAUUAAGUUCA